AUGGCCAGCACAGUAAGCCCCAGUACAACAGCUGGAACCCCUGAGCUGCCUGCACUGUCACAGCGCAUCCAAAAUGCUGCUGACAUCUCUGUCAUUGUCAUCUACUUUUUGGCGGUGAUGGCUGUUGGACUAUGGGCUGCACUGAGGACAAACCGGAGCAGUGUUGGAGGCUUCUUCUUGGCUGGUCGAGAUAUGGUCUGGUGGACGAUGGGUGCCUCGAUCUUUGCCAGUAAUAUUGGCAGUGGCCAGUUUGUAGGCGUCGCUGGAACAGCAGCAGCUUCUGGGCUCGCCAUUGGAGCAGUUGAAUGGAAUGCUAUGCUGAUGGUGGUGAUCCUAGGAUGGGUGUUUGUCCCCAUCUACAUCAAGGCAGGGGUGGUGACCAUGCCGGAAUAUCUCAGGAAGCGAUUUGGUGGAAAAAGACUACAGAUCAUCCUCUCCAUCCUUACCCUCUUCCUUAUUGUGGCCAUUGGAAUUUCUACAAAUAUAUUUUCUGGUGCCAUAUUCAUCCAGCUAGCCUUGGGCCUGGACCUUUACCUGGCAAUCUUCAUCCUCUUGGCAAUCACUGCUAUUUAUACCAUCACAGGGGGCUUGGCCUCAGUAAUCUACACAGAUACUCUCCAGACCUUCAUCAUGGUGAUUGGUUCUUGUAUUCUCAUGGGUUUUGCAUUUGCUGAAGUUGGAGGUUACGAGGGCUUGACAGAGAAGUACAUGAAUGCCAUCCCUUCUAUAGUUGAAGGUGACAACCUGACAAUCAGUCCCAAGUGCUACACACCAAAAGCAGACUCCCUCCACAUUUUAAGAGAUCCUAUCUCUGGGGAUAUUCCAUGGCCAGGACUCUUAUUUGGAAUGUCCAUUUUAUCUUUGUGGUACUGGUGCAUAAAUCAGGUUAUUGUACAGUGUUGUCUGUCUGGCAAGAACAUGUCUCAUGUGAAGGCAGCCUGUGUCAUGUGUGGCUACCUGAAGCUGCUGCCCAUGUUCUUCAUUGUGAUGCCAGGAAUGAUCAGCCGUAUUCUGUACACAGGUAAGGAUUUGAGACAGCUGUUUGUCCUCCUGCUACUUGUCAUAAGUAUUCUGUGGGUCCCAUUAGUACAAGUGUCUCAAAGUGGACAACUGUUCCAUUAUACUAGUUCAACUUCUAGCUAUCUUGGACCCCCAGUUGCAGCUGUCUUUGUACUUGCCAUCUUCUGUAAAAGAGUCAAUGAACAGGGAGCUUUCUGGGGUCUGUUGUUUGGGCUUGUGGUUGGCCUUGUUCGGAUGAUUACAGAAUUUGCCUAUGGAACAGGAAGUUGUGUGGUUCCCAGUAACUGUCCUAAGAUUAUCUGUGGAGUACACUAUAUGUAUUUUGCCAUCAUUCUCUUUACUGUAUCCAUACUGGCUGUCGUAGGAAUUUCACUUCUGACAAAACCAAUUCCUGAUGUACAUCUGUAUCGUCUGUGCUGGGCUCUUUGGAACAGUACAGAAGAACGAAUUGACUUAGAUGCUGAAGAUAAAAGGCAGGAAGAAGUAGCCACUAUUGAGGAAGCCUUGCUAAGCCAAGACCCACCCUCCUACCAUCACUGCAGUGUCAGAGAGAACAUUGUGAGGUUCAAAAAUGAAAAAGAACGGAAGGAAAAACUCAAUGUGAAAGCAAGAACUUGA